GUUUGAAUGCUCUGCGGAAACAGACAGCCUCGCAACCGAUCUGACGAGCAACCCACAGCACAAUGCAGUUAGCUAGUUAACGUAUGUAAUCGAUGUAAUUUAUACAGUUCACCGUUUGAGAAAGGGUUAACGUCAACUGUAAGUCGUGUGACACUGAAACGCUUCUUUGUUUUUGUAUGAGGCUAAUAUGACUACCUAGCUGGCUAACGCUUGCUAGCUUACUGCAUUGCAACUGAAGCACUAAGUUAUCUUUUAGGUAGGCGAUCCAUUAUGUAACGCUAGUCACGUCGUUAAAAACUCUUUAGGACUGAGUAACUAGUUUUUACUAUCGGGGCGACCGUUUGUAAACGGUCCAAGCGUCUUGUGGGCAGCUAAGAUCCACGUGAGGAUGACAUAGAGGUUUGGAGAAAGUGAUAAAGUUAGAAAGACUCCGAUCGGGACAGAAGUGGUGGCGCUGCUGGUGCCAGUUUACUGUGGCCCUAUCAGAAGAAAGUGAACGGUUUGUUGCGAAGUGCAAGAUGAAAGUUAUGGAGAAAAAUGUGAUGCGUCUGGUUGCUGUGCAGCAGCUCCGCGCAGCUUACGGGAUAAAGACAAAGAACUGGAACAAAAACAAAGCAGCCAGCUGUAAACCAGCAACCAGCAGCUCGAUAAAGGUUUUCGGGGUUUCCCUGGAGAACUUACCGUACUAUAAUAUGGAAUGCGGGAGCGUGCCAAGCUUCCUGGUGGACGCAUGCAUGAUACUGCUGGCACAUGUCGACACAGAGGGCCUGUUCAGAAAAUCUGGCUCCGUCAUUCGUCUGAAAGCACUCAGGGCAAAGCUGGAUGCCGGUGAGGAGUGCCUGUCCACUGCACUACCCUGUGACGUGGCCGGGCUGGUGAAGCAGUUCUUCAGGGAGCUGCCGGAGCCUGUGCUGCCCACGGAGCUGCAGGAAGCCUUCAUUAAGGCCCAGCAGCUGCCCACCGAAGAGGACAGGACCUCUGCCACCAUGUUGCUGUCCUGUGUUCUACCUGAGAAAAACCUGAGCACCCUGCGGCACUUUUUUGACUUCCUCAACAAUGUGUCUAAGAGGAGUGCAGAGAACAAGAUGGAUAGCAGUAACUUGUCUGUAAUCUUGGCUCCCAACAUCCUUCAUGCUGGAGAUACAGAAAAGAUGAACGCCAACACUGAGAAACGCCUCAAGCUACAGGCAGCCAUAGUGCACUGCUUCAUAGAGAAUGCCCACAACUUUGGUGUGUUACCACAGUUUCUUCUGGAGAAAGUUCCGGCGAUGAUGGGGUGCGAGGCUCUGUCCCCUACUCACGAUGGACUCGAAGAGCUAGACUUAAACUCAGGGAUGAAGAGGAGACAGAGACGCAGCUUCGGAGAUAUGGUCAAUGGUGCUCUGAAUAAGAUAAAAACUAAUAGAACACCCACACAUGCUUCCCAGUCAGACAGUCUUGUCUUUUCCUCUGCGACUCCUGUGAUUGCAACACCAACCUCAAAGCGAAAGCUUCCUUUGGAAUCCGGCCACUCUUUUGGAUUCUCAAACAAGAAACGUAGAUCUGUCAAAAAGACCCUUGGGAUAGAAUUACUUCCCAAUACUUUGUUCAGCGCUGCAUCCACUCCGGGAUCAGCUUACAGUGCUUCAGGGGUCUUGGACUCUUCCCACAAUACCCUGUCAUCAGCAGGGAAGUCUAGAAGACAGUCAACGGUCUCUGUGAGGAGGAAGAGCAGACGACUGAGCAACAGACACGCUGUCAACAGAGUUGAAUCCGGAAAAGCUGGCUGCUUUUCACCAAAAGUUGGCAAAAAAGAAGCACCACGCAAAUCUCUCCGCUUGCGGUUCAGCCUGGGGAAGAGCAGCAAGGAGGCUGGGUCUGAGUCCAUUGGCUGGCGACUUGCCACACAGGAGAGCACCACCAGUUUUCGUUUCACCAAAGAGACAGAGUUCAGUCCGUCAGUUCUGCCGAGAAAAACGGAAUCAAAAAGCACCAAGUACAUCAGUAAGUCUGAAGACAACCUGUUGACCCCGCAAUGUGACUCAAGUGCCCACCGGACCUCCUGGAGUGGGGAGACUCCUGUUGGGGCCCAAGCUUUCGGCGGAGGAUCUUUCACAGACACGCCCAUGAACAUGUGCCUGAAGAGCAACUACAUGUCUGAGCCAGCCAUCGUCGUGUCGAAGCCCCCAGCAGUGGCCAGCUUCCCCAAGAAGCUGUGCUGUGCUUCCAGUGCCGAGAGCCUCGAGAGUGAGAGCUCCAUGAUCACUGAAGCCCAGAGUCAAACCGCUCCCACCCUGCUGAAAAUAAAGACGUCGAGCAGUGACCUCCAGGAACCCUGCAACUCUACGGAGACAAAUGCAGCAAACCCCCCAGAGAUCACCCACACCUCUCCACCACAGACUCUCACAGUUACAGUCCUGUCUGAGGACACGGAGGUCUCCAGCUCCCCGGCUCACCAGAAGCUCCUGGCUAACGAGCAGAACAUUACCUUUGGUCUGUUUGAAAUUGCUGCUUUAUCACCUCUGCAUAUUGACAGUGUAGUUUUUGAGUCUGAUGCACACUGCACUCCAGCUGCUAAAGUUUCUCUCUGUGCUGCACCCAUCAGUGGCCAUGACAGCUCCGUAGAGGUAGAAAGUGAAGUGGAGGUGGAGCAGGUGAACUGCAGCAGGUUGAUUGAUGCCCUGGACAUCCAAAGUCCUGCUCACUUCAAACUGGGUGUCUCCUCUGGAUUGCAGUCCACUCCGUACAGACAGGGCCUUGAACUCAGAGAGUUCGGUACACCUUCUAAAACUGGUACUUUAGAGAUUUUGCUGCAUGAAGAAAAUGAGUGUCCACUAGAGAGUGGUGCCAAAGCCGAAGACCAACAACCCCUCUCACCAGAAAGCGCUGAAAAGCGGCGCGUGGCAGACCACAUUCAUCACUUCAACAAGCUCACCCUGCACUCUCCCAGAGGCGCCAAGGCCAGACACAUCAGAUCCCCACUCAAGUUCCAGCGCACCCCUGUACGUCAGACUGUCCGCAGGAUGAACUCUCUCCUGGGGGAGAGCAGGAGACCCAACAGAAACGCAGAACUCUGCCACCAGAGCAGUCAGGUGGUGAAGGCGGUGAGUCUGGAGAGUGGCCUCUCUCCUCACCCACAGCUGCAGUGUUAUCAGGCGGAGGCACAAGCCCGUUCCAUAAAGAAACCACCUCCAGUGCCGCCCAAAAAGCCGAGCACCUUGGCCCGGAAAGCCAAAGUCUGCGCUCUGGCCGACAUGACCAACAAGGUCCAACCAAAAGUGGACUGCGAUCCAUUCCAGAAGCCUCUGGUGCAGCAGGUAGUCGAGAAGGACAUGAACCAUUACAGAGGUUCUCCCAGAAACCCUCUCCACCAAGUACGACUGCUCUCCGCCACCAAGCCCGUAGACUUAUAGCUUCAAACCUUUUUGCCUUUUUCCGAUUCCUCCUCACUAUGCAGCUCUCUGUCUGGGAGAACUACAUGACAUUAAACAUUCCCUCCUAUAUGAUCCAUACUUUCAGGGGUUUUAAUUAUUUAUUUUUAGCUGGAGUAGGUGCUGUUUGUGUUGCUGAAUGGGAGAUGUUUAUAUGUUAAGACAUAUCAGCCUACAGGAUUAUGUUUCAUAGUUUUUAGACUGUAGCGUGCAGGCCGAAUUAUGUGACAUGUGAUUGAUGGUAUGACUGGAAAUGUUUAGAUCAAGUCUAAUGCUUUUUAUUUAUGCCUUUUUUAUAUAUAUACUCCUUAGUUAGAUGUUUAGAGAAAACAAAUGUUUACGGAAGUUUAAGCUGUUUUUUCAUUACAAAAUAUUUUCCUACUGUAUCGUCAUGAACCUAAGUGGAAAAAAUGCACCUUUGUUGGAUUUUAUGGAGGUAAAAAAAAGCCAAGCAGUAUUUGAUCAAAUUUUCUAUCAUUAAUUUCAAAACCAUCCAGUGAAAUGCUUUGCAAUGUGAACUGCUUCAGACGAAUAAAAUCAAACAGCAUAUACCUAAAA